AUGUCCUCAACCACAAGCAGCUCGCCUCUCCGGAGCCUCCACAGACCACCCCUCACCUUUCUGUUUCGGUCGCCAACGACUCAGCGCGAGCCCGUACGAAUCCAAUCGGACAUCGCCCAGCCCACGCUGGAGGAUGCAACCCUCGCGUUCUCCAAACACGAGCGAGAGCGGCAGCGGACUCGUUCAUGGGGUCCCACAGUUUCCGAGUUUGGUGCUCGCGUCAAUCAGAGGUCACCGACAAUCUACGAGCUUACACGAAUAUCGGCGGGGGAAAGAGCCAAUAACUACCGAGCGGCAAACAAUCAGGAUAGAUUGGCGAUUCUAGAGAGGGAAUUGGCUGUGGAAAGAGCCGAACGGACCGCGUCCUUCGAAGAACUGCGUCGAGAACACCAGCGAGCCGAGGCUCGACUGCAGUCUGUCACGGACGGACACCAAGACCUGACCGAUGCAUUUUCCCUGUCCAUAGACAAGCAAGUCGAAAUAAUCCAGCGCCGACUCGAUGCGCGGAGAAUCAUCGAAGAGUACCAGGCUUGCGACAUAACCUUGCAGCACAUGAAUGACAACAAGAUAUUCAAUGCGAAGAACAAGACGACUCGCAUCUUAAAGAAGAACGCGCUUGGUUACAUUGUGCAAAUCUUGCGCUUCCAACCAACUGGCGAACACAACGCCAAUAUCCGAAGAGCCUAUCGUACAGUCCGGGAAAAACUGACAGAAGACGAGUGGCUUUUCGCGAAAGCUCUACUGAAGCGACGGGAUGAGUUGGGUGAAGUUCGGAAUGUCAUUGCACACCCCCAACUAAAUUUGGCGGCAUACGAGGCAUGCAUGAUGACAAUUGCUCCCCAAUUUUCCCCGCAGCUCAACGCUAUCCUUGCCGGGAAUGGUCCGCGCAAAAAAGGUGACCAAUCUCUGCUCACAGAGGAUGACUCCGACUUUCAAGAUUCCGUGAGGGGUUUGGAGGAGGAACUGGAGUUCUUGAAAGGGCUUUUGGAGACGCUCAGACCGGAAGAGUAA